AUGGUUCAUCAUAUAUCUGACGAGGCAGCAGAUGAACCUAGCAUCACCACACAGACACCCUCCAAUGACCCAUCUCAAGCACCGCUGGUGUACAAAGUGGGCUAUCCCCCUCCCAAGAACUUGGCCACAGAAUUUACAGAAACAUUGAGAGAGACUUUCUUCCACGACAACCCGCUGCGUCAGUACAAGGGCCAAUCCGGACCGAGGAGGUUCAUGAUGGGGCUGGAGUUCUUGUUUCCAAUAUUUGGGUGGGGUAGGGAUUACAGUCUCAACAAGUUCAAAGGCGAUCUGAUUGCCGGAUUGACCAUCGCAAGCCUCUGCAUUCCUCAGGACAUUGGCUAUUCGAAGCUUGCUAAUUUGGAUCCGCAGUAUGGGCUUUACUCCAGCUUCAUUCCCCCAUUGAUCUAUGCUGCAAUGGGUAGCUCAAGGGAUAUAGCGAUUGGCCCGGUUGCCGUGGUUUCUCUUUUGAUAGGUUCACUUCUACAAGCUGAGGUUGACCAUGUCAAAAACAAGGAGGAAUACAUGCGCCUCGCUUUCACGGCAACCUUCUUCGCUGGCAUCACUCAAGCAGCCUUAGGAUUUCUAAGGUUAGGGUUCCUUAUAGAGUUCUUGUCACAUGCUGCAAUUGUCGGAUUCAUGGGGGGAGCUGCCAUUACUAUUGCCCUGCAGCAGCUGAAAUACGUGUUGGGUAUCGCAAACUUUACAAGGAAAACCGACAUAGUUUCUGUUAUGGAAUCUGUCUGGAGAUCAGUUCAUCACGGGUGGAACUGGCAGACAAUUGUGAUUGGCGUAUCUUUCCUGGUUUUCCUUCUGUUUGCGAAGUACAUCGGAAAGAAGAAAAGGAAGCUUUUCUGGGUGCCAGCUAUUGCUCCUAUAAUUUCAGUGAUUCUAGCAACAUUUUUUGUAUACAUUACUCGUGCCGACAAGCAAGGUGUUCAGAUAGUAAAGCACAUUGAACAGGGAAUCAACCCAUCAUCAGUACACAUGAUUUAUUUCACCGGUCCGUUUGUUGCAAAAGGUUUCAAGAUCGGUGUUGUUUGCGGCAUAGUUGGUUUGACAGAAGCUGUAGCUAUUGGAAGGACAUUUGCUGCUAUGAAGGACUACCAGCUAGAUGGAAACAAGGAGAUGGUAGCACUUGGAACCAUGAACAUAGUAGGAUCAAUGACAUCUUGCUAUGUCACAACAGGUUCUUUCUCACGUUCGGCAGUUAACUUCAUGGCUGGCUGCAAGACUCCUGUAUCCAAUGUGGUUAUGUCAGUGGUGGUUCUUCUUACCUUGUUGGUCAUCACACCGCUAUUCAAAUACACACCGAAUGCAAUCCUAGGGUCGAUCAUCAUUUCUGCGGUGAUCGGCCUUGUGGACUAUGAAGCAGCAAUUCUCAUAUGGAAAGUUGACAAAUUGGACUUCAUUGCUUGCAUGGGAGCAUUUUUCGGUGUUGUUUUUGUAUCCGUUGAGAUUGGCCUCUUGAUUGCUGUAGCAAUCUCAUUUGCCAAAAUACUUCUUCAAGUAACAAGGCCAAGGACAGCCCUACUUGGAAACCUUCCCGGCACCACAAUAUACAGGAACAUCAGCCAGUAUCCAGAAGCAAAACUUACUCCCGGGGUGGUGAUUGUGAGGGUUGAUUCUGCUAUUUAUUUUUCCAACUCUAAUUACGUCCGAGAAAGAAUUCUUAGGUGGCUGACAGACGAAGAAGAUAGAGCUAAAGCACUGGGAUUGCCUAAAAUCAGUUCCUUGAUCGUGGAAAUGUCGCCCGUUAUCGACAUCGAUACAAGUGGCAUACACGCUCUUGAAGAUCUAUACAAGAAUCUUCAGAAAAGAGAUAUGCAGCUCAUUCUGUCGAAUCCUGGUUCCGUCGUCAUAGAAAAACUGCAAGCAUCCAAGCUCACCGAGCACAUUGGAAGCAGUCAUAUAUUCCUCGCAGUCUCUGACGCUGUGCGAUUCUGUACGACGAAGUCGAUGCAGGAACCGUGA